GGGCCUGAAUGUCAGAGACAAAUCGUAGCCUCCCAACCGUCGGCUGCAGCCAGCGGGGCUGCGCCCGGCUGUCCCCACUGUGGGUGGCUGGCGGCUGAGCCCGGAGGAGGCGCGGGCCGGGGCCGCGGCCGCCGGACCAUGCGCGCUCGGUGCGCCUUCCGCGGCCACCGCGGGGCUCGGCUGUGAUGGUCCCGGGAGGGGCCUCCCGGAGCAGCGGCGGCAGAGUUCGAGUAUGCUGGGAGCCGUGAAGAUGGAAGGGCACGAGCCGUCCGACUGGAGUAGCUACUACGCCGAACCCGAGGGUUACUCCUCGGUGAGCAACAUGAACGCCGGCUUGGGCAUGAACGGCAUGAACACUUACAUGAGCAUGUCGGCGGCCGCCAUGGGCAGCGGCUCCGGCAACAUGGGUGCGGGCUCCAUGAACAUGUCGUCGUACGUGGGCGCGGGCAUGAGCCCGUCCCUGGCGGGCAUGUCCCCCGGCGCGGGCGCCAUGGCGGGCAUGGGCGGCUCGGCCGGGGCCGCGGGCGUGGCGGGCAUGGGGCCGCACCUGAGCCCCAGCCUGAGCCCGCUCGGAGGCCAGGCGGCGGGCGCCAUGGGCGGCCUGGGCCCAUAUGCCAACAUGAACUCCAUGAGCCCCAUGUAUGGGCAGGCGGGCCUGAGCCGCGCGCGCGACCCCAAGACCUACCGGCGCAGCUACACGCACGCCAAGCCACCCUACUCAUACAUCUCGCUCAUCACCAUGGCCAUCCAGCAGAGCCCCAACAAGAUGCUGACGCUGAGCGAGAUCUAUCAAUGGAUCAUGGACCUCUUCCCCUUCUACCGGCAGAACCAGCAGCGCUGGCAAAACUCCAUCCGCCACUCGCUCUCCUUCAACGACUGCUUCCUCAAGGUGCCCCGCUCGCCGGAUAAGCCCGGCAAGGGCUCUUUCUGGACCCUGCACCCGGACUCGGGCAACAUGUUCGAGAACGGCUGCUACCUGCGCCGCCAGAAGCGCUUCAAGUGCGAGAAGCAGCUGGCGCUCAAGGAGGCCGGAGCCCCUGGCGCUGGGGCCGGCGGCAAGAAGGCGGCGGCGGUGGGCGCGCAAGCCUCGCAGGCUCAGCUCGGGGAGGUGGCCGGGCCAGCCCCCGACACCCCAGCGGGCACUGAGUCGCCUCACUCGAGCGCCUCGCCGUGCCAGGAGCACAAGCGCGUGGCGUUGGGGGAGCUGAAGGGGUCGGCGGCCGGGGCGGCGCUGAGUCCCCCGGAGCCGGCACCCUCGCCCGGCCAGCAGCAGCAGCAGCAGCAGGCGGCCGCGGCCCACCUGUUGGGCCCGCCCCACCACCCGGGCCUGCCCCCCGAGGCCCACCUCAAGCCGGAGCACCACUACGCCUUCAACCAUCCCUUCUCCAUCAACAAUCUCAUGUCUUCGGAGCAACAGCACCACCACAGCCACCACAGCCACCACCAGUCGCACAAAAUGGACCUCAAGGCCUAUGAACAGGUGAUGCACUAUCCGGGCUAUGGGUCACCCAUGCCCGGCAGCUUGGCCAUGGGGCCCGUUACGAACAAAGCGGGCCUGGACGCCUCGCCCCUCGCCGCAGAGACAUCCUACUACCAGGGGGUGUAUUCUCGGCCCAUCAUGAACUCUUCUUAAAGAAGGCAGCUUCAGGCCCGGCUGGCUCAGGCAAGCCUGGGACAAGGACCAGAGAGAGAGAGAGAGAGAGAGAGAGAGAGAGAGAGAGGGAGAGGAGGAAGUGGCCGUGCAGACUUUAGCAGGGGGGCUUGGAGAGAUGCAAGGGUGGAGAGAUCCAUGACAUCCCGCUCCCCCAAGGCAAGCCCUUCUCUCCCAGAAAGAUCACAUUGAAACCUGUCCUUCUAUAUAAGCGAGGGAAAGAGGAAGAAAUAUAAAUUCAGAAAAAGAAAGAAAGAAAAAGAAAAGAAACAAAGAGAGAAGAAAGAUAAAAGAAAACCUCCGGUUUCACUGCUGUGUAGACUCCUGUUUUUGGAAGCACCUGCCAGUUCUGACCUUUUGUUGUCGUUAUCCAUUGAUGUUGUUGCAGGCGAGUCUUGCUUUAAAGGGGGAAAAAAAAACUUUUGUGAGUGACUCAGUGUAAAAACCAUGUAGUUUUAACAGAGAACCAGCGGGUUGUACUAUCGUUUUAAAAGGGGGAAAAAAUGUCAAGGUCUGUUGUAAAUGACCAAGAAAAAAAAAAAAGAAAGAAAGAAAAUCAUGCCCAUUCUUGACAUGGCGAAAAUCCAGGUCUCGGGUCUGAUUAAUUUAUGGUUUCUGCGUGCUUUAUUUAUGGCUUAUAAAUGUGUAUUCUGGCCACAAGGGCCAGAGUUCCACAAAUCUAUAUUAAAAUGUUAUUGCCGGUUUUA